ACUUGGCUUCAGUUACAUUCACUUGCCACGGCGUUUAGUUAUUAUCAUUGAUCAUUCUCUUUUUCAGAUUUCGCAGGUGUAUUCUUCAAUUAUAGCUAUUUUCAGAUUUGUAGUUCUCUUUGAUAAUACAAAGAGAUAACAUUUUGUCUCUGAAUUUCUUUGGUUUUGUUCAUUAAGUUUUUGAAUUAUAUGAAUCAAUUGUGAAACUUUCCCUUUCCUACAGGAUAAUUCAGACUUGACAACUCAUAUCUCAAGCUUCAUCUCUCUACUGCUCGGUAAUGGCUUCUGCUGCUGCUUCUUCUUCUUCUUCUCAAACGCGCUAUGAUGUGUUCCUCAGCUUCAGAGGAGAAGACACCCGCAAUAACUUCACUGCCCAUCUCUAUCACGCCUUGUGCCAGAAAGGAAUCAACACUUUCAUCGAUGAUGACAAGCUCGAGAGAGGCCAAGUCAUAUCUCCUGCCCUGGUUGCAGCUAUCGAAAACUCCAUGUUUUCAAUAGUUGUUUUGUCGAAAAAUUAUGCAUUCUCUAGAUGGUGUUUACAGGAAUUGGUGAAGAUAGUAGAGUGCAUGAAAAGCAGGAGACAGAGGGUUGUCCCAAUUUUCUACAAUGUGGAUCCCUCGGAUGUGAGAAGACAGAGGGGCAUAUUUGGAGAAGCAUUGGCUAAACAUGAAGAGAACUCGGAGAACAUGGAGAGGGUGCAGAGUUGGAAGGAUGCUCUCACUCAAGUUGCAAAUUUAUCCGGUUGGGAUUCAAGAAAUAAGAAUGAGCCUCUACUAAUCAAGGAAAUCGUUACAGAUAUUUUGAAUAAAUUGUUAAGUACAUCUAUUAGUGAUACUGAAAAUCUGGUUGGAAUAGAUGCUCGCAUGCAAGAAAUAGAAAUGCGAUUAUGUUUGGGUCUGAUGAUUUUCUGAUGGUAGGAAUUUGGGGCAUGGGCGGAAUAGGGAAAACAACCCUUGCUAGAGCUAUUUAUAGAAAAAUCUCUUGUCAAUUUGAAGCAUGUGUUUUUUUGAAAAUGUUGGGGAGGAUUUGGCAAAGGAGGGUUUAA